AAUUGACCUGAGGUUGCCACGAAUGCGCCAUGGUCCUCCGGUUUAUAGGGGUCUGAGGGCUGCGCGCGUGUAAAACCCCCUGUUCUCGUCGAUCCCACUCUUUUACUCUCCACUUCGAAUCUCUCACUCAAACAAAAGAAUCCAAUCGAGUCGAAAAAAAUAAAUAUCAAAUUUCUUUUUCAUUUUUUUUUACUUUCUUUCUCAGCUAUUUGGUUGAAUGGAGCUGUUAGAUGGAAACUUAGAGCUCAAAGAGGUUCACAAGCUCCAAGGCCACACCGAUAGGGUUUGGAGCCUCGCCUGGAAUCCCGCCACCACCGCCGCCGAUGUUCCAGCGGUUUUCGCUUCUUGUAGCGGAGAUAAGACCGUUCGAAUCUGGGAGCAGAGCCCCUCCACACGUUCCUGGGACUGCAAGGCCGUUUUGGAAGAAACACACACUAGAACGGUCCGGUCUUGCGCUUGGUCACCUUCUGGGAAACUGUUGGCCACUGCAAGCUUUGAUGCUACCACAGCUAUAUGGGAAAAUGUUGGGGGUGACUUUGAAUGUGUUUCCACUUUAGAGGGUCAUGAAAAUGAAGUGAAGAGUGUAUGUUGGAAUGCAUCAGGUUCUCUUCUUGCGACAUGUGGGCGAGAUAAAACUGUUUGGAUUUGGGAAGUGAUGCCGGGGAAUGAAUUUGAGUGUCUUCAAGUUUUGCAAGGCCAUACUCAAGAUGUGAAAAUGGUUCAGUGGCAUCCUACUAUGGAUAUUUUGUUUUCUUGUAGUUAUGAUAACACUGUCAAGGUUUGGUGGUCAGAGGAUGCUGAUGGUGAUUGGAGCUGUGUACAAACUUUAGGUGAAUCUAGCAAUGGUCACUCUUCCACCGUUUGGUCACUUUCUUUUAAUGCUAAGGGGGACAAAUUGGUAACUUGUAGUGAUGAUCUUACCCUGAAGAUAUGGGAAGCAGACAUCAUAAGGAUGCAAUCUGGUGAUGGCUAUGCAUCCUGGAAUCAUCUGUGCACUCUCUCAGGUUAUCAUGAUCGAACAGUUUUUUCAGUUCACUGGUCGAGGGAUGGAAUUAUUGCAAGUGGAGCAGCUGAUGAUGCUGUACGGUUGUUUGUAGAGAGCAAAGAUGGCUUGAUGAAUGGACCUUCAUAUCAAUUACUAUUUAAGAAGGAGAAGGCCCAUGACAUGGACAUAAAUUCAGUACAAUGGUGCCCUGGGGAAAAGCGUCUACUUGCUUCUGCAAGUGAUGAUGCGACGAUAAAGCUAUGGGAGCUGGCAACUUUGCCCUGAUCAAAAUUUUGUGAAAUUCGUUUUUUUCCUUUUUAGAAUACCUCUGGGGUUUACAUAUGUACGGUUUCAUAAAUAUGAAUAAGUGAUCUUGUAAUGGUUAUUGUGGAUUUGACAAAGACACAAAGUCAAGAAAUCAAAUAUUAUUUGUUAAGGAAAACAUGGUUGAAAUGAUA